AUGGAUAUCAUUUUAGGUAUUAGAGUACAAGACGCCACAAUAAUUGCCACUUCCAAGGCAGCAACCAGAGGGAUUUCGAUUUUAAAAGACACCGACGACAAGACACGAGAAUUAAAUGCUCACAAUCUUAUAGCAUACACUGGGGAAGCUGGUGAUACUGUUCAAUUUGCCGAAUAUGUCCAAGCCAACAUUCAAUUAUAUUCUAUGAGAGAAAAUGAUAUUGAAUUGUCACCUUUGGCUACUGCCUCAUUUGUUAGAAAUCAAUUGGCAACUUCAAUUAGAUCAAGAAAACCAUAUCAAGUUAACUGUUUAAUUGCUGGAUAUGACACCAAGAAGGAUCAACCUACUUUGAACUGGAUUGAUUAUUUAGGUACUCAAGUUGAAUUGCCUUACGGUGCCCACGGGUAUGCUGGAUUUUAUACUACUUCAUUAUUGGAUAAGCAUUAUAGAAAAGAUAUGGUUGUCGAUGAUGGAUUGAAAUUGUUGAAGUUGUGUUUGAAAGAAUUAGAAACUAGAAUGCCAAUUGACUUUAAAGGUGUUUAUGUUAAAGUUGUUGAUAAGGAUGGUAUAAGAAGUGUAGAGUUAGAUUAA